AUGUCGACUAUAAAACUACCGGCUUCAGCUGCAACUGAACGUGUACUCGCCCUCACAAGUCAAUUCAAAAACUCCUCAAUUGCAAAUCAAACCCCAAAUCAAGCAACAAUGUCUGUUCCAUACAAGUUCCACGGAUGGAUGGGUCUCGAUAAGGCGAGUGUUGAGGGGAAGAUGGUAUGGCAGGAAUUCGAGCCAAAGACAUGGACUGAAGACGAUGUUGAUAUCAAAGUUACCCAUUGUGGUAUCUGCGGUAGUGAUCUCCACACUUUGAGAUCUGGAUGGGUAUGCAAAGCCCAAGAAUAUGUAUAUUCUAACAACCGCUGACCCUGCCCUCAAGUUCCCAACAACGUAUCCUUGCUGCGUCGGCCACGAAGUAGCUGGCAUAGCUGUCAAAGUCGGAAGCAACGUAAAACACCUCAAGGUUGGCGAUCGAUGUGGAGUUGGAGCACAAUCGGGUGCUUGCUUGGAGUGUGAGGAGUGCAAGGCAGGCAAGGAGCAAUACUGCCAGAAAGUUGUCGGAACAUACAACAGUAAAUGGCCAGACGGAUCCAUGGCAUAUGGUGGAUACAGUGAUUACUGCCGAACCAACGGCCACUUUACAGUGAAAAUUCCGGAUGGAAUAAGCAAUGCUGAAGCUGCGCCCAUGUUGUGCGGCGGUGUUACCGUAUGGAAUCCUCUGGUUCACAACGGAGCAGGACCCGGAAAGAAAGUCGGUAUCGUUGGACUUGGAGGCCUCGGUCAUUUUGGUGUGAUCUUCGCAAAGGCCCUGGGUGCUGAAGUGACCGUCAUCUCUCGAUCUGAUGCCAAGAAGGAGGACGCCAUGAAAAUGGGAGCAUCGAAGCUCAUUGCAACUGGAACGAAGGGCUGGGCCAAGGAGCAUGCCAGAAGUCUGGAUCUGAUCGUGUGCACAAUAUCCGACCCAAACAUGGCCCUCGACGACUAUUUCCAACUCCUGCGAGUCAGUGGAGAGUUUAUUCAGGUAGGAACGCCCUCGCACUAACCCCUUGAGAGCGGGAGCAAGCUGACGAUCCACCACAGGUUGGAGCACCCGAAGACAAGUUCCCAGGAUUCUCCGCGUUUUCAUUGAUUGGAAAAGGGAUCAAGUUUGGAGGAUCUGGUAUCGGCUCGCCAGCUGACAUUCAGAAGAUGCUUGAAUUUGUCGCAGAGAAGAAUCUCCAUCCUGUGAUUGAGGAAAGACCAAUGUCUGAGGCGAACCAGGCGAUUGUUGACAUGGAAGCUGGAAAGGCUAGAUACCGCUAUGUACUGGUUAACGAGAAGCAUGCCAAGGAGCUGUGA